CAGUAAGCCAUCAGAAGGAAAUCAAAAAAUGAAAACAUUGAUUUCAACCCCUUCUCUUCAACAAGCAGUUGUAACUGGAGAUAUAGCUACACUGCAGAAGUGUUUUAGAUCAAGAGUUGAUACCAAUAUGUUUGAUGAUAAUGGAGAACCACUGUUGUUUACUGCUAUUGUAAAUGGUGAUAUGGAAACUCUGGUCCUCCUAUUGAGUAAUUCUGAUGUCAAUUUGGCGAGUGAAGAUGGAAGGACAGCUCUCAUGAUUGCUGUCGAAAUGAACGAUAUGAGCAUGGUCAAAAAACUAAUUAAAUCAGGUGCUCGGGUAGACAGCAAGGACAAUUCUGGCAAAACACCAUUGUUGUUAGCACUAGAGAAUGGAAAAUUCAACAUUGCAGAAUACUUGAUCAAACAUGGAAGCGACGUGAAUGAAGUCGACCAUCUUGGCCAGUCUGCUCUUUUUUUCGUGGCAAACGCUGAUUGUUCUGGGUCUUCGAAAAUCGUAAAAACCCUUAUCUGUUGUGGAUACGUAUUGAAGGAUUGUGACAGUUGGUUGUGCCCUGACAACUUUACAGACAACAAAACGAAGGAGUCAAAAUACAGAAAUUUGAUUCAUAAACUGAAGCUAUCAUUUAAAACCAUGUCAAAUUCCAAAAACAUGAUUCUAUGAAAAUUCUAGAAUUAGUCUGUGCCUGUGCAGACUUGUACAUGAAAGCAACAUUCUGCUGAAUGACGUUAGUAUAUCUGCCGAGCUUGGGCUUUGCUGCAUUAUAUUGAGUUAACGGUGAAUCGUGCCACAUCCCUACUAGGACAGAAAAGAUCCAACUGGAAUUUAAUGCGCACGUAAGCAUAACCAAACAUGCUCAAUGUGAAUAGAAAAAUAGAGGAUCGAUUUAAAACUUGUUACAGACAAACUGACUCUAGAUAUGCUACUGUACGAAGCCUUCUUUUCCUUGUCCUGCAAUAGCUUUAGCACAAGGAUAGGAUAAAAUUCAUGCGGAAGAUCUUCAUUACAGCAGUGCAUGUUUUGGAAUUUGUCAAGACAUGCUUAAAAACAAUGGGUGAAUAGUUAAUUCAUGAUUUCGAUAAAAGCUGUCAGUUCUUUAUUUCAACGUGUUUAAAGAUGUCAACAAUAUAAAGAAAUUAAAAUGA